CCAUCCGGCUUGGGAAGGAGGCUCGGAAAGGGGUUGGGAUCCGUGCCCUAGACCCCGAAGACCGGCUCCGCCCCCGCUACCCUCUCGCGCCCCGCCCCCGGCUGGAGGGGUCGCCCCGGGAGUAUCCGGGCCUGGCUGGCCGGCCCGCACCCUCUAUGGCGGGUCCUCCGCCCUGGGGACUCAUCCGUGUAUAAGGUCUGUUUCGGCCUGCGGCGGCCCGACUCGAAUUGCUGGACACCGUCUAUGGGUCUGCCCCCCUAUGGGGACCCGCGUCUAUAGGGGACCCCCACGGUCCCUAGGGGUCGGUCCCAUCCUUACGUCCAGGGCCUUCCCCGGGUCUUCAGGGCCGGACCCUCUGCUUGCAGAACCCAUCCCCGGCCGCCGGCUCCUCGGCCGGGACUGCGCUGCUGGCACCUCCCGGGUCCACCAGGCCAUGCUGCACCUAUAGAGGUCGCAUUUGCAGGGCCCCACUCCGGGUCUUCCCGGCCGUUUCCGUCUGGUAGGGUCAGUGCGAGAGGCUGCGAUGGCCUCGGGCCAGCCUCUGGCCGCGGCCCUGGCACUGGCCUUGGCGGGGCUGGGGCUGCUGUCCCUCAGCGUCCUGGCGGGGGACUGCAAGGGGCAGCGGCAGGUACUGCGGGAGGCGCCAGGCUUCGUGACGGACGGUGCGGGCAACUACAGCGUCAAUGGCAACUGCGAGUGGCUUAUCGAGGCCCCAAGCCCCCAGCACCGAAUCCUGCUGGACUUCCUGUUCCUGGACACAGAGUGCACUUAUGACUACCUGUUCGUAUAUGAUGGCGACUCUCCCCGAAGCCCACUACUUGCCAGUCUGAGUGGGAGCACCCGGCCCCCACCCAUUGAGGCUUCCUCAGGCAAGAUGCUGCUUCACCUCUUCAGUGAUGCCAACUACAACCUGCUGGGCUUCAACGCCUCCUUCCGCUUCUCCCUGUGUUCUGGGGGCUGCCAGAGCCACGGACAGUGCAAGCCACCAGGAGUGUGUGUCUGUGAGCCGGGCUGGGGAGGCCCAGAUUGCAGCCUGCAGGAGUGUUCGGCUUACUGUGGCAGCCAUGGCACCUGUGCCUCGGCUCUGGGACCAUGCCGCUGUGAGCCCGGUUUCUUGGGACAUGCCUGUGACCUGCACUUGUGGGAGAACCAGGGUGCUGGCUGGUGGCACAAUGUGAGUGCCGGGGACCCCGCCUUCUCUGCCCGUAUUGGGGCGGCUGGUGCCUUCCUCUCCCCACCGGGGCUGCUGGCUGUUUUUGGAGGCCAGGACCUUAACAAGGCCUUGGGUGACCUUGUCCUGUACAACUUCUCCACUAACACCUGGGAGUCCUGGGACCUGAGUCCUGCUCCGGCUGCCCGUCACUCCCAUGUGGCCGUGGCCUGGGCUGGCUUCCUGGUGCUGAUGGGUGGCGAACUGGCCAAUGGCUUGCUCACCAAUGAUGUGUGGGCCUUUAGCCCACUGGGCGGGGGCCACUGGGAGCUCCUAGCACCACCUGCCUCCAGCUCGUCUGGGCCCCCAGGCCUGGCAGGCCAUGCAGCUACCCUGGUGGAUGACAUCUGGCUCUAUGUGUCUGGUGGCCGCACUCAGCAUGACCUCUUCUCCUCUGGCCUCUUCCGUUUUCGCCUGGACCGCACCAGCAGGGGCUACUGGGAACAGGUGAUCCCAGCAGGUGGGCGGCCCCCUGCUGCCACUGGGCACUCAUUGGUAUUCCAUGCCCCCUCCCGUACCCUCCUGGUCCACGGUGGACACCGGCCUUCCACUGCCCGGUUUUCUGUGCGAGUGAACUCCACUGAGCUCUUCCAUGUGGAUCGACGUGUGUGGACUACCCUGAAGGGCCGGGAUGGCCUUCAGGGCCCACGGGAGAGAGCCUUCCACACAGCCAGUGUCCUGGGCAACUACAUGGUGAUUUACGGGGGCAAUGUGCACACCCAUUACCAAGAGGAAAAGUGCUAUGAAGAUGGCAUCUUCUUCUACCACCUCGGCUGCCAUCAGUGGGUGUCAGGGGCUGAACUUGCCCCACCAGGAACUCCAGAGGGUCGAGCAGCGCCUCCCAGUGGCCGGUACUCACACGUGGCAGCUGUGCUUGGUGGCAGUGUCCUGCUGGUGGCUGGGGGAUAUAGUGGCCGGCCUCGUGGGGACUUGAUGGCCUAUAAGGUGCCCCCCUUCGUGUUCCAGGCACCUGCCCUGGAUUACCACUUGGACUACUGUUCCAUGUACACAGACCACAGUGUCUGCUCCCGAGACCCCGAAUGCAGCUGGUGUCAGGGGGCCUGUCAAGCUGCACCCCCUCCUGGGACCCCCUCAGGAGCUUGUCCAGCGGCUAGCUGCCUGGGCCUGGGCCGCCUCCUAGGUGACUGCCAGUCAUGCCUGGCCUUCAGCAGCCCCACAGCUCCUCCCCGGGGGCCUGGUGCCCUGGGCUGGUGUGUGCACAACGAGAGCUGCCUCCCUCGGCCUGAACAGGCCCGCUGCCGAGGGGAGCAGAUCUCAGGCACUGUUGGCUGGUGGGGGCCAACACCUGUCUUCGUCACUUCCCUGGAGGCCUGCGUCACCCAGAGCUUCCUGCCUGGCCUGCACCUGCUCACCUUCCAGCAGCCACCCAACAUUUCUCAGCCUGACAAGGUCUCAAUUGUCCGAAGUACAACCAUCACCUUGACACCCAGCCCAGAGACAGACGUGUCCCUGGUCUACCGUGGCUUCAUCCACCCACUGCUGCCGGGAGGGCCUGGUGGACCUGGGUCUGAGGACGUUGCAGUGUGGGCUCGGGCCCAGCGCCUACAUGUCCUGGCCCGGAUGGCCCGAGGCCCUGAUUCUGAGAACAUGGAGGAGGUUGGACGCUGGGUGGCCCAGCAGGAGAAGGAGACAAGGCGGCUGCAGCGCCCUGGCUCUGCUCGCCUCUUCCCACUGCCAGGGAGAGGCCACAAGUAUGCAGUGGAGAUCCGGGGUCAGCUCAACGGCUCGGCAGGCCCUGGGCACAGCGAGCUUACUCUCCUUUGGGAUCGGACUGGUGUGCCAGGCGGCAGUGAGAUCUCCUUCUUCUUCCUGGAGCCCUACCGUUCCUCUGCCUGCACCUCCUACUCCUCCUGUCUGGGCUGCCUGGCUGACCAGGGCUGUGGCUGGUGCCUCGGCAGUGCCACCUGCCACCUGCGUCAAGGCAGGGCCCACUGUGAAGAUGAUGGGACCGGCGAGUCCCUGUUGGUGCUGGUGCCUGCCCUCUGCCCACUCUGUGAGGAGCAUCGUGACUGCCACGCCUGCACUCAGGACCCCUUCUGUGAGUGGCAUCAGAGCACCAGCCGCAAAGGGGAUGCAGCGUGCAGCCGGCGUGGCCGGGGUCGUGGUGCUCUGAAGAACCCCGAAGAAUGUCCCCCACUCUGCAGCCAGCGCCUGACCUGUGAGGACUGCCUGGCCAACUCUAGCCAGUGUGCCUGGUGCCAGUCCACUCAUACCUGCUUCCUGUUCGCUGCCUACCUGGCCCGGUACCCACACGGAGGCUGCCGUGGCUGGGACGACAGUGUGCACUCAGAGCCACGGUGCCGGAGCUGUGGUGGCUUCCUGACUUGUCAUGAGUGUCUGCAGAGCCACGAGUGCGGUUGGUGUGGCAAUGAAGACAACCCCACACUGGGACGGUGUCUACAGGGGGACUUCUCAGGGCCCCUGGGUGGGGGCAACUGUUCCCUGUGGGUGGGAGAGGGCCUGGGGCUGCCUGUGGCCCUCCCUGCCCGCUGGGCUUAUGCCCGCUGUCCAGACGUGGAUGAAUGUCGCCUGGGCUUGGCACGGUGUCACCCAAGAGCAACCUGUCUAAACACACCUCUCAGCUAUGAGUGUCACUGCCAGCGAGGCUACCAGGGCGAUGGCAUCACACACUGCAACCGCACGUGCCUGGAGGACUGUGGCCACGGUGUGUGCAGUGGCCCCCCAGACUUCACGUGUGUGUGUGACCUGGGCUGGACAUCUGACCUGCCCCCGCCCACACCUGCCCCUGGACCCCCUGCUCCCCGUUGCUCUCGAGACUGUGGCUGCAACUUCCACAGCCACUGCCGCAGGCGGGGGCCUGGCUUCUGUGAUGAGUGCCAGGAUUGGACUUGGGGGGAACACUGUGAACGGUGCCGGCCUGGCAGCUUUGGAAAUGCAACGGGCUCAGGUGGCUGCCGGCCCUGCCAGUGCAACGGGCAUGGAGACCCUCGCCGUGGCCACUGUGACAACCUCAGUGGGCUCUGCUUCUGCCAGGACCACACUGAGGGUGCCCACUGUCAGAUCUGUUCCCCAGGCUACUAUGGGGAUCCCCGGGCUAGUGGCUCCUGCUUCCGGGAGUGCGGGGGUCGUGCCCUCCUCACCAAUGUGUCCUCAGUGGCUCUUGGAUCCCGCCGAUUUGGGGGGUUGCUGCCUCCAGGUGGUGGGGCAGCAAGAACUGGGCCUGGCCUGUCCUAUUGUGUGUGGGUUGUCUCGGCCACUGAGGUGCUACAGCCCUGUGCUCCUGGGACCCUCUGUCCCCCACUCACCCUUACCUUCUCUCCUGACAGCAGCACCCCCUGCACGCUCAGCUACGUCUUGGCCUUUGAUGGAUUCCCACGCUUCCUGGACACUGGUGUCGUCCAGUCAGACCGUAGCCUCAUAGCUGCCUUCUGUGGCCAGCGGCGGGACAGACCCCUCACUGUGCAGGCCCUGUCUGGGUUGCUUGUGUUGCACUGGGAGGCCAAUGGCUCCUCAUCCUGGGGCUUCAAUGCCUCUGUAGGCUCUGCUCGCUGUGGCUCAGGGGGUCCUGGGAGCUGCCCUGUUCCCCAGGAGUGUGUGCCUCAGGAUGGGGCUGCAGGUGCUGGGCUCUGCCGAUGUCCCCAGGGCUGGGCUGGCCCCCACUGCCGCAUGGCUCUGUGUCCUGAGAACUGCAACGCCCACACUGGGGCCGGGAUUUGUAACCAGAGCCUGGGUGUAUGCAUCUGUGCUGAGGGCUUCGGGGGCCCAGACUGUGCCACAAAGCUGGAUGGUGGGCAACUGGUCUGGGAGACAGUCAUGGACAGCCGCCUCUCUUCUGACACCGCUAGUCGCUUCCUGCACCGCCUGGGACACACAAUGGUGGAGGGACCUGAUGCCACCUUGUGGAUGUUUGGGGGCCUGGGUCUGCCCCAAGGGCUGCUGGGAAACCUGUAUAGGUAUUCAGUGAGUGAGCGCAGGUGGACACAGAUGCUGGCAGGAGCUGAAGAUGGGGGCCCAGGCCCAUCACCCCGUUCUUUCCAUGCAGCUGCCUAUGUGCCUGCUGGCCGUGGUGCCAUGUACUUAUUGGGGGGCCUCACAGCUGGGGGCAUAACCCGUGACUUCUGGGUCCUCAACCUCACUACCCUGCAGUGGCGACAGGAGAAGGCCCCUCAGAAUGUGGAGUUGCCAGCAGUCGCUGGUCACACCCUUACUGCCCGCCGAGGCCUGUCUCUGCUCCUGGUGGGUGGCUACUCCCCAGAAAAUGGCUUCAACCAGCAGUUGUUGGAAUACCAGCUGGCAACUGGCACCUGGGUAUCUGGAGUCCAGAGUGGGACACCUCCAACAGGUCUCUAUGGCCAUUCUGCAGUCUACCAUGAGGCCACCGACUCCCUCUAUGUGUUUGGGGGCUUCCGCUUCCACGUGGAGCUGGCAGCCCCGUCUCCAGAACUCUACUCCCUGCACUGUCCUGACCGCACCUGGAGCUUGCUGGCCCCUUCUCAGGGGGCGAAGCCCCGCCCCCGGCUUUUCCAUGCUGCAGCUCUGUUAGGAGACACCAUGGUGGUCCUUGGGGGGCGCUCAGACCCGGAUGAGUUCAGCAGCGAUGUUCUGCUCUACCAGGUCAACUGCAACACCUGGCUGCUGCCGGACCUCACACGCCCAGCCUCUGUGGGGUCCCCGAUGGAGGAGUCUGUGGCCCAUGCAGUGGCAGCAGUCGCGAGCCGCCUGUACAUCUCUGGGGGAUUCGGGGGAGUGGCCUUGGGCCGCCUCCUGGCACUGACCCUGCCCCCUGACCCUUGUCGCCUACUGCCCUCACCUGAAGCUUGUAACCAGUCUGGGGCCUGCACCUGGUGCCAUGGCGCUUGCCUGUCUGGGGAUCAGGCCCACAGGCUGGGCUGUGGGGUGCCCCCUUGCUCCCCAAUGCCUCGGUCACCUGAGGAAUGUCGGAGGCUGAGGACCUGCAGUGAGUGCCUGGCCCGCCAUCCCCGGACACUGCAGCCUGGAGAUGGGGAGGCAUCUGUCCCCCGCUGUAAGUGGUGCACCAACUGCCCCGAGGGUGCCUGCAUUGGGCGUAAUGGCUCCUGCACCUCAGAGAACGACUGUAGGAUCAACCAACGAGAGGUCUUCUGGGCUGGGAACUGCUCUGAGGCUGCAUGUGGAGCCGCCGACUGUGAGCAGUGCACACGGGAGGGCAAGUGCAUGUGGACACGACAGUUCAAGAGGACUGGGGAGACUCGCCGCAUCCUCUCAGUGCAGCCCACCUAUGACUGGACGUGCUUCAGCCAUUCUCUGCUGAAUGUGUCCCCAAUGCCAGUGGAAUCAUCACCUCCACUGCCCUGCCCCACCCCCUGCCACCUCCUCCCCAACUGCACCUCCUGCCUGGACUCCAAGGGUGCAGAUGGGGGCUGGCAGCAUUGUGUAUGGAGCAGCAGCCUCCAACAGUGUCUGAGCCCCUCCUACCUGCCCUUGCGAUGUAUGGCUGGAGGCUGUGGGCGGCUACUUCGGGGGCCAGAGAGCUGCUCCCUGGGCUGUGCUCAGGCUACACAGUGUGCCCUGUGUCUACGACGACCCCACUGUGGCUGGUGUGCCUGGGGGAGUCAGGAUGGGGGUGGACGCUGCAUGGAGGGUGGCCUCAGUGGCCCCCGUGAUGGACUGACGUGUGGCCAAUCUGGGGCAUCUUGGGCCUUCUUGUCUUGCCCCCCUGAGGAUGAGUGUGCAAAUGGGCACCAUGACUGCAAUGAGACCCAGAACUGCCAUGACCAGCCACAUGGCUACGAGUGCAGCUGCAAGACUGGCUAUACCAUGGACAAUGUGACAGGCUUAUGCCGUCCUGUGUGUGCCCAGGGUUGUGUGAAUGGCUCCUGUGUGGAGCCUGAUCACUGCCGAUGUCACUUUGGCUUCGUUGGCCGUAACUGCUCUACAGAGUGUCGCUGCAACAGGCACAGCGAGUGUGCAGGCGUUGGGGCCCGGGACCAUUGCCUGCUCUGCCGCAACCACACCAAGGGUAGCCACUGUGAGCAGUGUCUCCCACUGUUUGUGGGCUCAGCUUUGGGGGGUGGGACCUGCCGACCCUGCCAUGCCUUCUGUCGAGGAAACAGCCAUGUGUGUGUCUCCAGGAAAGAGCUAGAAAUGGCCAGGAGGGAGCCAGAGAAGUAUUCACUGGACCCAGAGGAGAUUGAGAAUUGGGUGACAGAAGGUCCCAGUGAAGAUGAAGCUGUAUGUGUGAACUGUCACAAUAACAGCUAUGGUGACAAAUGCGAGAGUUGCCUCCACGGCUACUUCCUCCUGGAUGGGAAGUGUACCAAAUGCCAGUGUAAUGGCCAUGCAGACACCUGUAAUGAGCAGGACGGGACAGGCUGCCCAUGCCAGAACAACACAGAGACAGGCACGUGCCAGGGCAGCUCCCCCAGUGACCGCCGAGACUGCUACAAGUACCAGUGUGCCAAGUGCCGGGAAUCAUUCCAUGGGAGCCCGCUGGGUGGCCAGCAGUGUUACCGCCUCAUCUCAGUGGAGCAGGAAUGCUGCCUGGACCCCACUUCCCAGACCAACUGCUUCCAUGAGCCCAAGCGCCGUGCACUGGGUCCUGGACGCACAGUGCUUUUUGGUGUGCAGCCCAAGUUCACCAAUGUGGACAUUCGCCUGACAUUGGACGUGACCUUUGGUGCUGUAGACCUUUAUGUCUCCACCUCCUAUGACACCUUUGUGGUCCGUGUGGCCCCUGACACAGGUGUCCACACUGUGCAUAUCCAGCCACCCCCACCUCCUCCACCUCCCCCACCUCCUGCUGAUGGUGGACCCCGGGUAGCUGGGGACCUAGGGGGACUCGGGGCUGGGGGUGGGCCAGGUACUCCAGUGGAGCCACGGAUACGGGAGGUGUGGCCACGUGGCUUGAUCACUUAUGUGACAGUGACAGAGCCAUCAGCAGUGCUGGUGGUCCGAAGUGUGCGGGACCGGCUGGUGAUCACCUACCCACACGAGCACCACGCCCUCAAAUCCAGUCGUUUCUAUCUGCUGCUGCUGGGUGUGGGAGACCCCAGUGGGCCUGGUGCCAACGGCUCGGCUGACUCGCAGGGCCUGCUCUUCUUCCGGCAAGACCAGGCCCACAUCGAUCUGUUCGUCUUCUUCUCUGUCUUCUUUUCCUGCUUCUUCCUCUUCCUCUCACUCUGUGUGCUCCUCUGGAAGGCCAAGCAGGCCCUGGACCAGCGGCAAGAGCAGCGCAGGCACCUGCAGGAGAUGACCAAGAUGGCCAGCCGCCCCUUUGCCAAGGUCAUUGUCUGUUUCCCACCAGACCCUACAGGCCCAGCCCCUGUUUGGAAGCCAGCUGGGCUCCCACCUCCUGCCUUCCGCCGCUCCGAGCCCUUCCUAGCACCCCUAUUGCUGACUGGAGCUGGGGGCCCCUGGGGACCCAUGGGAGGGGGGUGCUGCCCACCAGCCAUCCCUGCCACCACGGCUGGCUUGCGAGCUGGGCCUAUCACCUUGGAACCCACAGAAGAUGGCAUGGCUGGUGUGGCCACACUGCUGCUCCAGCUGCCUGGUGGGCCUCACGCGCCCAAUGGCGCCUGCUUGGGGUCAGCCCUUGUCACACUGCGGCAUAGGCUGCACGAGUACUGUGGGGGGAGUGGGGGUGCUGGAGGUAGUGGGCAUGGGGCUGGUGCAGGCCGGAAGGGACUGUUGAGCCAGGACAACCUCACCAGCAUGUCCCUCUGACCUGCCGAGGGCCCUCCCACACAGCAGCCAAGUUGCCUGAUGGGGCCACCCCAGCCUGAAGGGGACGGGGUCCCCUGGAAAGUCAGUCCUCAGAGACCACUGGCUCCUUUUCCCUUUGUUCUGCAUUUAGCAACUAUUUAUUGAGCUGCUACUUCAUGUCAGGCACAGAGCAAAGCAGGAAUUGAGAGAGGAAGUCCUCUGAUCUCCUGGGACUUUAGAUUCUUGUGGAAGGAGACAAUCAACCUGUCCCCAGGGGUAUGUGCACACAUGUGCAUUGCACCAGUGCACAUGCAUGUGGGACACACACACACACACACACACACACACACACACACACACAGAAUGGUUUCAGAGAAGAACUUCGAGACUUCAACAGGAUAUGGCGCUGAGGGACUGGGGUGAAGUCGCUUAGGCAAUCAGAGAAAUGGCAAAAUGGGCUGAGAAAGAUAAAAGAUAACUGGCAGAGGGAAUACUUGCGAGGCCAGAGGUCCUGAGGCUGGAACCAGUUUGUUUUAUUGGAAGAGCCAGAACCCUGACCGUUGGAAUCCUAGGUAGGAUAUUGGAUUUUGUUCUCAGAGCAAUGGGAAGCUGUUGGAUGGUUCUGCGGGGUGGUGGGGGCGAUGAAGAGCCAGCCUAUUUGAGAAGUCUCUCAGCUUUGGAGUGAAGGAUGGGUUGUGGGGGGCAACAGAGGCCACAGGCAGGUGACAGUGGGCAGGAGGAGGCUGAUGGCAGUGACAGGGUCAGAUGAAGGAUGAGUGGCAGGAUGUGAUGAUGCAGAUGUCACUGUGAGGAAGGGGACACAUCUAGAAUGACCUACUUUUAUGGCCUGGACCAUAGAUGGAUAGUGGGGUCAUUACUAUGAUGGAGAAGGCUGAGGCUUGUGGGGAAAAUAGUUUGGGUGGGCAUGAGAUACACUUUGGGGGUCUUGAGCCAGUUUGGCCAGGAAUUCAUACAGAGACUGAGUAUUUCAACAGGAGGAAUUGAGUGUAGGCUGGUGAAGACAGUGACUGGAAAGGGGCCAGACAGUGCGACUGCCCAGAAGUAAGCAGGAAGCAGCUGCUGCUUUUCCUGGGCUGGAGGGACAAAGCUCAGUGGUGACCCCAGGCCAGGGUCACCAGGUGAAGCUGGAAAUUUAGACUUGUGAGAGGGCUUCAAAGGAGGAAAAUCCUCUGCCUGAGAUGCUCCUCAGGCAGGUGUGAGGUGUCAGUGGGGGGAGGGGGCCUGGGUUGGAGAGACUGGGAUUAUCACUCAACUCUCUUCCUUGAGUCUUCUGGGCUCUCCCCAGAGCCCACCCCCACCAGGACCUCUGAGCUCAGCUCGUCUACCCCUUGAGGACGCCACUUCAGUCCUAGGCGGCUUCCUAAACUUGGGACUCUCUUGCCCAAGACUCCAGCUUCCAGCUGCUGUUUUGGUCCUGGGGUGAGGGCUGGGUCUCGAAUCUUCACCUUGCUGGGAACCCCAGCUAGAGGUGUGGUUUCCCCCACUCUGACUAUGUGCAUGUCAGGCAGUAGGGAGCACAUCUGAAAACAGGAGGGAGUGAUUGAAGCAACAAAUAAAAAGCGUGGGGAAGACCCA